GCGACUGGCAAUGGCAGCCAGAUGGCCAAAAACGGACUGGGCUUUCCAUUUGGUCCCGUUACUGGACGGGAAAGCACGAGUCGCGUACGUUGCCAUGGACGCUAACGAAGUAAGUGACUUUGAUAAAGUAAAAGAAGCUAUUCUCAGAAAGUUUGAAAUUAAUCCUGAGACAUACAGACAGCGUUUCCGUAAGGACAUGGUUUUAAAAAACGAAACGCCAAAAGAACUGUAUACGAGGCUCAUGGGACUCUAUGAAAGAUGGAUACGACCCAAUGAUAAAACAAAAGAGGAGAUCGGACAUACUAUCGUCCUAGAACAGUUUUUAAGUGUCAUCCACCCAGAGCUGAAAAGUUGGAUAAUGGAGCGAAGCCCAACUUCUGCCCAGCAUGCGAUCGAGAUGGCAGAGGCCUUCGUCGCGGCCAGACAAGCUGAGGGAGAGUUCCGGCUCGCUAAACCAGACUACAGCAGGCAAUCCGGGGACAUCACUCAGAAAGGUUAUGAGAAGAAAAGAGCAAAACUCAUUCGAGCCUACUUGCCUCAAGCACCAGUUGGGGCCGAAUCUCGAGCUCCAGUCACCCCUUCUUCAUCAUCAUCAUCUUCAUCUCGUUACCAACGCCGUUGCUCUACUGGUUCAAGGGAUGAGCGCUACCACUCGGAUGUGCACUCCGAAGCAGUACAGGCAGCACUGGAGCGUCAGUGUGAAAGGAAGAUGGCCGUCCCCAUGCCAUCUAAACGACGCUCCCUUGUCACCCAGUCAUCCAUGGAGGCAUAUACACCGCCAGGUCACUAUAAUGGGGACUCAUCCUCAUGCUCAGACGGUGAAGGGUCCUUGGGAAGGGCCAGAGCUGCAGGGGUAGAGGCCUGGAUAAGCCGAGCACUUCGUGGAUCAUCUCCAUCAACCACGUCAUCUUCAUCAUUACAAAGCGAUGGAUCUGCCAAUCCUGUAUGUCUGGCAGAAAAUAAUGCACACUCAUAUAACAUUGGCCCUGUUUCUAUGCCCCUGAAGAGGCUGGCCUUAAAGGAGGUGGGCGUGUCAUUACAGAACGGUAUUUUGGGUCGACGUUCUUAUGACUACCAAUCCGAUCGGCCAUGGUCAUCAUUGGACUCAGAGGACAGUCACCUUGCCCCUCCUGACAUCACAAGUUACAUGUCAGACCCAUCCCCUGUUAUCGUGGAGCGCCAGCAUGCUGCCAUGCCAACCAAGUCUCUACCCAAAUAUGGUAAUGCUGAGCUCAUGGAGACAGGAGAUGGAGUGCCCAUGAGUAGUCGUGUGUCUGCAAAGAUCCAGCAGCUGGUGAACACUCUGAAGAGACCUAAGAGACUUCCACUGAGAGAGUACUUUGUUGAUGACUUUGAAGAACUGUUAGAAGUGCAACAGCCUGAUCCAUCUUUACCUCAUCCAGAGGGGGCAGAAUCGAAAAUAUCACAAGGGGAGGAGCUGGGCAGACUCAGGAAUUGCCCUGCCUCACUGGAGGCAGCCUUACAGCGCUGGGGUGUCAUUGCACCCAAAGCACCAUGUCUGACUGUCACACAUGCUGGAGCUAAACAGCCAUACACACUUACAUAUGGUAAGCUCUGGUCCAGGAGUUUGAAGUUGGCCUAUUACAUUUUACACAAACUUGGAAGCAAGCAAGAACCCAUUGUACAUCCAGGAGAUAGAGUGGCAUUAGUGUAUCCCAAUAAUGACCCUACGGCGUUCAUGGUAGCUUUUUACGGCUGUCUCUUAGCUGAGGUUGUGCCUGUACCCAUUGAAGUGCCACUCACCAAAAAGGAUGCUGGGAGUCAGCAAAUUGGGUUCCUCCUGGGCAGCUGUGGAGUUGCUGUGGCACUGACCAGUGAUGCAUGUUACAAGGGCCUUCCGAAGACCCUGAGUGGUGACAUAAUGCCAUUCAAAGGCUGGCCGAAGUUACUGUGGGUGGUGACAGACUCAAAGCACUUAUCUAAACCUCCUAGGGAGUGGUGUCCUCUAAUUAAAGAUGCUAACAGUGACACUGCAUAUAUCGAGUAUAAGACGGGUAAAGAUGGAAGUGUACUGGGUGUGACUGUGACAAGGAUGGCCAUGCUGACUCACUGCCAAACACUUACACACACCUGUGGAUACAAUGAAGCUGAGACACUAGUAAACGUGUUGGACUUUAAAAAAGACGUGGGCCUGUGGCAUGGAGUUUUAACGAGUGUUCUCAACAUGCUGCAUGUUGUAAGUGUUCCAUAUGCACUAAUGAAGGUGAAUCCAUUGUCCUGGAUCCAGAAGGUCUGUCAGUACAAAGCUAAAGUGGUGUGUGUGAAGAGCAGAGAUCUUCACUGGGCUCUAAUAGCUCACAGGGAUCAAAGUGACAUCAACCUGAGCUCUCUGAGAAUGCUGAUGGUUGCUGAUGGUGCCAACCCAUGGUCGGUUUCCUCUUGUGAUGCUUUUCUGAAGGAGUUUCAAAGUUUGGGCUUAAGGUCAGAGGUGAUAUGUCCAUGUGCGAGCUCACCGGAGGCCUUAACUGUUGCUGUUAGAAGGCCGGGUGAUUGCAGCUCUAAACCGGUGGGCCGUGGCAUCCUCAGUAUGAUAGGACUGAGUCAUGGCGUCAUCAGAGUCAACACAGGAGAAAAACUCUCAGUCCUCACAAUGCAAGACGUUGGCACUCCUAUGCCUGGAGCACUGGUGUGUGUUGUGAAGCUGGAUGGUGUUCCCCAAUUGUGUAAAACUGAUGAAAUUGGAGAGAUCUGUGUAUCGUCCAUUGCUACAGGAACAUCCUAUUAUGGUUUGACCGGCAUGAGCAAAAACGUCUUUGAGGUGUGUCCUGUGUCCAGCAGUGGGGGGUUGGUGAGUGAGUGUGUUUUUGUACGAUCAGGGCUGUUGGGAUUUGUCGGUCCAGGUGGAACACUCUUUGUUGCAGGGAAGAUGGAUGGAUUAAUGCAGGUUGGGGGUCGGAGACAUACUGCUGAUGACAUUGUUGCUACUGCACUUGCUGUGGAACCUGUAAAGUUUGUAUACAGAGGAAGGAUAGCAGUGUUCUCCAUCACUGUGCUUCAUGACGAGCGGAUAGUGGUGGUGGCGGAGCAGAGGCCAGAUUGUACUGAAGAUGAAAGCUUUCAGUGGAUGAGCAGAGUAUUACAGGCUAUAGAUAGUAUCCAUCAGGUUGGAGUGUACUGCCUGGCGCUGGUUCCUUCUAACACUCUGCCCAAAACUCCUCUCGGUGGAAUCCACCUCUCUGAAACAAAGCAGCUUUUUCAGGAGGGGGCACUGCACCCCUGCAACGUUCUCAUGUGCCCUCACUCCUGUGUCACCAAUCUUCCCAAGCCAAGACAGAAACAACCUGAGGUCGGCCCCGCCUCUGUUAUGGUGGGGAACCUGGUUGCAGGAAAGCGGAUGGCACAAGCCAGCGGGCGAGACCUAAGUCAGGAGGAGAAUGAACAGUUCCUUUUUUUGUCGGAGGUGUUGCAGUGGAGAGCUCAAACCACACCUGACCACAUACUUUACACGCUUAUUAACUCAAAGGGGGUGGUAGGAAGUUCUCUAACAUGUCUGCAACUGCAUAAAAGAGCAGAGAAGAUUGCUGCCCUGUUGUUGGAAAGAGGGCAACUGCAGGAAGGAAAUCAUGUAGCAUUAGUUUACCCACCAGGUUUAGAUCUGGUUGCUGCAUUUUAUGGCUGUUUGUAUGCUGGAUGCAUCCCCAUCACAGUAAGACCUCCUCAUCCCCAAAACAUCCCUACAACUUUGCCAACUGUAAAAAUGAUUGUGGAGGUGAGUCGUUCGGCAUGUAUUGUUACCACCCAAGCAGUCUGUAAAUUGCUGAAGUCUAAAGAGGCAUCAUCAGCUGUGGACCUGCGGUCAUGGCCACCUGUUUUCGACACAGAUGAUCUGCCAAAAAGACGACCCCUGCUGCUGCAUAAGCCUUAUAAUCCAGAAUCUCUGGCCUACUUAGACUUCAGUGUGUCCACCACAGGCAUGCUUGCUGGGGUGAAGAUGUCUCACAGUGCUACCAGUGCUUUGUGCCGCUCUAUAAAGUUGCAGUGUGAGCUGUAUCCAUCCCGUGAAGUGGCUGUGUGUUUGGAUCCAUAUUGUGGACUGGGCUUUGUUGUCUGGUGCCUCUGCAGUGUAUAUGCAGGACACCAGUCAUUACUGAUUCCCCCAGCAGACUUGGAGGUGAACCCAGCCUUGUGGCUGCUCUCUGUUAGCCAGUUCAAAGUGAGAGAUACCUUCUGUUCCUACUCAGUCAUGGAGCUCUGUACCAAAACACUUGGUACUUUCACUGAAUCACUUAAGGUACGGGGCCUUGACCUGUCACGGGUUCGGACAUGUGUAGUGGUGGCGGAGGAGAGGCCCCGCAUUUCUCUAACUCAAUCCUUCUCCAAACUUUUUAAAGAUGUUGGACUGCAUCCCCGUGCAGUCAGUACUUCCUUUGGCUGCAGAGUGAAUCUUGCUGUGUGUCUGCAGGGAACCUCAGGACCAGAUCCAACUACUGUCUAUGUGGACAUGAGAGCACUUAGGAAUGACAGAGUUCGGUUGGUGGAAAGAGGGUCUCCACAUAGUCUUCCUCUAAUGGAGUCAGGCAAGAUCUUACCAGGUGUUCGCAUCAUCAUUGCCAAUCCAGAGACAAAGGGACCAAUCGGAGAUUCUCAUUUAGGAGAGAUUUGGGUGCACAGCAGUCAAAAUGCAAGUGGGUAUUUUUCUGUAUUUGGAGAGGAGAAUGUCCAUUCAGACCACUUUAGUGCCAGACUCAGUUUUGGAGACACACAGACUGUUUGGGCCAGAACGGGCUACCUUGGCUUCCUCCGUAGGACAGAACUUACUGAUGCCAGUGGAGAGAGGCACGAUGCACUGUAUGUGGUGGGAGCGUUGGAUGAGGCAAUGGAGCUGAGAGGGAUGCAAUAUCAUCCUAUUGACGUUGAGACUUCCAUCAUCCGAACACACAAGAGCAUUACAGAAUGUGCUGUUUUCACCUGGACUAAGCUCUUAGUUGUGGUGGUGGAGCUGGAUGGUUCAGAACAAGAGGCCCUGGACCUGGUUCCUAUGGUGACCAACGUGGUUUUGGAGGAGCAUUAUCUCAUUGUGGGUGUGGUGGUUGUUGUGGAUACUGGUGUGAUACCCAUCAACUCCCGGGGAGAGAAACAGCGCAUGCACCUGAGAGACGGCUUCCUUGCUGACCAGCUCGACCCAAUAUACGUCGCUUACAACAUGUAGAGAAACACACACACUUGCUCUACACACCUAUAGAAACCCAGUAACAGAAUCGUGUACUCUACAAAUGCAAAGCACUAAUGUGCAGAAUGCAGAAAAUCAGAACUGUGAUAUCACUGUGACUGAAAUAAUAACUUUUAAGGAACUGAAAUUUAUAUUACUCUCCAUCUACACACAAACAAUAACUAUAUACACUAAGUUACCAAAAAUAUGCAGAUACUCCUUCUGCAAAACCCCAUUUCCAGAAACAUUGGGAUGUUUUAUAAAACACAAAAAAAGAAGAAUCUUUGAUUUUUGAAUUCUAUUGAAACUUUAUUUAACUGAUAAAAGUACAAAUAAAAUAUUUCAAAUGUUUUCACUGAUCAACUUCAUUGGAUUUUAUACAUAUUUUGUACUAUUGUCAGUUAAAUAAAAAUUCAAAAGAAUUAACAAAUAUAACACAUUUUACAAAAUGUCUUAACUUUUUUGGAAAUGUGGUUUGUACUUAAUGCGUUUCAUAGGAUUAACAAAUACAUUUGGCUUCUUAGCUAGAUUUGUCCUGGUCAGCUGUAAGUGCUGUUAUUUUAAAGUAGAAGUGUAUAAAGGCAAUAACAGCUCUGCAAAAAAAUUAAAAGCAUGUAAAAAUCAUUUGUUCUAGAUUCACUCACUAACUUGUUUCAGGCAACAGGAGCUGUUUAUCUGAGAAGACAUGGGUUUGGAAUGAGACGUUGAACAAGCCAAUUAUGGGGGUAAUGUUUUAAAGUUGGUUAAGCACUUUUUUUUUUUUACUCCAUGCAUGUAUGAAUGAAUUAUAUUUAGUUACAUGGAACAUUACAACAGCUACCAUGAAAACAAUGUGCCACCUGUAAACCAUGAUCCAUGUGAUGCCAAAUCUGCAGUAUCUUUACCAACAUUAAUAAUUUAUUCCUGUAAUUAGGAUAUUUGGUGAUGCAAUAGACAGGUUUACAAUAAUACACUCAAUAUCAUGCACUCAUACAGGCAAUGGUGCAGAUUUGUAUAAGGGACCAUAUCCAAAAUUUCCUGUUUUCUGUGUUUUUAUGUGCAAAUUCAUUGUCUUACUAGUAUUGUUUAUUUGUUGCCUGCAAUAGUUUUGUGACAGGGAGUUUUGUAUAUUUACUGUGUCAUUUUUUUUGCUAAUGUUGAUGUUUUUUUUAAAUACAUAGUGGUACAAAUGUAGUUUUUUUAUACAAAGUAAUAUCCACACAUUUUAAAUACUUUCCUUAAUAUUUUCAAAACAUGAUUUGUGGACAAGUUGAUUCAUUCUUUGCCCUUUGACAAAAGCAAUGCAAGGUCUGUGUUUUGUUUUUACUUUUGAUCUGUCAAGCUGUUUCUUAUGUGAAUAAUAUCAUAUAGUGUGCAAAUACAUGAAUGUAUAUAAAAUGUACAGCUUGUUUUAAUGUAUUUUGCAUAAAGUAACCUGCUUUCUCCAUGUUGUUGCAUGUAGCUAGGGUGGGUAAAGAAAAAAACUCUGCUGAAAGAAACUCGGUCUAAAGCAAGGAAAAAAUAAUCAGGUUUAUUUUUUCUUUGAACUUUCCUGCAGGAAUAUGGGCAAUUUAGCAAGGGUUGGGUCAUUAUUGUUACACCAAACCGAUGAUGUCUUGUAAAGUGUCAAUAAAAUAUUUUUUAUUAUACAGAAAAG